AUGGACGAAUACACUAUUUGUGAGAUCAAGGAAAGGGCUGAGAGGUAUGGUUUUAGUUCCUUGGAACAUGGGUCAACUAGUAAAACAGAAGAGAAGCAGAGUGACGACCCUCGUGUUGCAUCUCUUUUCAUUGAGGAAGAUGAAGUUGUGGGCAUUGAGUCCACCCGGGAGGAACUGAUCCACAGGCUGAUAAUCGGAGAGUUAGACCGAACGAUCACUUCACUAGUAGGUAUGGGAGGAUGUGGCAAGACCACUCUUGCCAAGACAAUUUUUGACAACCAGAAAGUGUUUGAACACUUUGAUUGCCAAGCUUGGGUAUCAAUCUCCCAAUCAUACAAGAUGGAGGACAUCUUUAGAAAAACGAUAAAGCUGCUAUGUGAGACAAGGAAGGAGUGUACACCUGAGGGAAUCGACACGAUGGACCCAAAUUCUCUCAUUCAUAUUAUGAGAGAAUAUUUACUUAAGAAGAGGUAUCUAAUCGUGUUUGAUGACGUAUGGAGUGCAGGCUUUUGGAGAAUAGUAAAUAUUGCUUUACCGAAAAACAAAAAAGGAAGUCAAAUAAUUGUCACUACACGCAGUGAAGAUGUUGCUUCUUUUUGCAAGGAAUCCUCAUUGGAUCAUGUCUGUAAGCUGGCGCCCUUAGUUGAGGAGGAAGCUUGGAAGCUCUUUUGCAUGAAAACGUUUCAACGGGAGUUCAGUGGUAGCUGUCCUCCCGAGUGGGAGAAAGUAUCUCGUGCCAUUGUUAGAAAAUGUGAAGGAUUACCACUUGCUAUUGUGACGAUCGGUGCUCUGUUGUCCACUAAAAGUAAGGUUGUAUCCGAAUGGCAAAGAUUCUAUAAUAGCCUUGAAUCCGAGUUAGAAAGGAAUUCCCAUCUCACAAACAUCAGACAAAUUCUGAGAGUUUUAUCAAAGGACAGAAAGGAAAAACGCUGGAAGAAUGUGGCAGAAGAACACUUGAUUGAGCUCGUUCAUAGAAACUUGGUUCAAGUUUCGAACACAAAACUGGAUGGUAGAAUUAAAAGAUUUCAGGUCCAUGAUGUAGUCCGCGAGAUCAUCCUUGCAAAGUGUGAGGAUUUGAGUUUUUGCCAAGUUUUGGGAGAAGCAGAUCCAAGUUGGAACAAUGAAACUCGAAGAUGGUCAAUGCAUAUGCGAAACAUAACGAAUAAGGAUUUGGAAACCAUUAGUAGUACCAAAUCCAGAAUCCGUUCUGUUUUUCUUUUCUCGAUGGGGGAGAUUCCAAAGGAGCUGUUAUUGGGUACUCUAGCUGGGAAUUUCAAACUUUUGAGAGUACUUGAUUUUGAGGAUGCUCCUCUUGAUCAACUUCAUGAAGACGUGGGCAAUCUUCUUCAUUUGCGAUACUUAAGUGUCAAGGGGACAAAAGUGAAGAUAAUUGCGAAGUCCGUUGGAAAUGUACACAACCUACAAACAUUGAACUUGAAAGACUCGCAGGUGUCUGUGCUACAAAUUGGGAUCUUAAGCAGACUCCGUAUGAUGGAGAACAACUGUAUUUCGACGUUGGAGGGUUUCAGAAGCUUACACCUCCAAAUCCUACAUGGUUUGAAUUCGCUUAUAAUAGAGGAUGGAGGAUUGCCCGUUCUUAACCAGCUUCGGAUCGGACAUUGCCUACAACUGAAGGAGGUACCCUCCGGCAUCCACAACCUCAGGGAACUCAAAUUACUUUUUAUUGCUUCUAUGCCAAUAGAGUUCUACGACAGAAUGGGACCAGACUAA